ACUGCAGCCAAGCAAUAAAGGUAGCACACCAAACAAUUUUCAAUUUUUUAUAGAAUCACCGAAUCGAAGUAUAGUUGUGGACAACUCACUUUACUAAGCAUUAGGAUUCAACUAUGUGACCUUAGCGUAACCAAGUGCAUAAAAACACAGACAAUGUCACGAAGAUGAAGUGGCUUGUCCUCCUUUUGUUUUGGUCGGUUUGUAAAUGCAUUAGAAUUCAGCUCCUUUUGUUUUGUUUAUAAAUUAUCAGUAAGUGAGAGCCCCAACGCACUCAGAAACAAAAAGCAAAUGCAGAGAUGUCUUUAACAUCAACAGCCACUACUUCUCUCUUGCAGCUUGGCUCUGGUGCUGGUUAUGGCGGUUCUUUUCACAGAAAUGAUUUUGGAGUUGUGGGUGUCUCAAAAUCCCCGUAUCACUAUCAUUUUCUCAAUUCCAAGGCUAAAAAAGGUUUUCCUGCCAUUAGAUGCCAGUCCACAAGUACUGAUAAGCCUAAAACAAGGAACCUUCUGGACAAUGCUAGUAACUUGCUUACCAAUUUGUUAAGUGGGGGAAAUCUAGGUUCUAUGCCUACAGCGGAAGGUGCAGUGUCUGAUCUGUUCGGUCGUCCCCUCUUCUUCUCCCUGUAUGACUGGUUCUUAGAGCAUGGAUCUGUGUAUAAACUUGCUUUUGGACCAAAAGCAUUCGUUGUUGUAUCAGACCCCAUUGUUGCAAGACAUAUUCUUCGAGAAAAUGCAUUUUCUUAUGAUAAGGGAGUUCUUGCUGAUAUUCUAGAACCAAUAAUGGGAAAGGGACUUAUACCUGCAGAUAUAGGAACGUGGAAGGAAAGGAGAAGAGUAAUUGCUCCUGGAUUUCAUUCCAUGUAUUUGGAAGCUAUGGUCAAGAUAUUUACAGAUUGUUCAGAAAGAUCAAUAUCAAAAUUUGAGCAACUACUAGACCGGGAGGAUUCUCAUGGUAACAAUGUAGUUGAAUUAGAUCUUGAAGCAGAAUUUUCAAGUUUAGCUCUUGAUAUCAUUGGACUAGGAGUCUUCAACUAUGACUUUGGUUCUGUUACAAAAGAAUCACCUGUGAUUAAGGCAGUAUAUGGUACUCUUUUUGAAGCUGAGCAUAGAUCCACUUUCUAUAUUCCUUAUUGGAAAUUUCCUUUGGCAAGGUGGAUAGUGCCCAGACAGCGGAAGUUCCACAAUGACCUAAAAGUUAUCAAUGAUUGUCUUGAUGGACUCAUCAGAAAUGCAAAAGAGAGUAGACAGGAAACAGAUGUUGAAAAGUUGCAGCAAAGGGACUAUGCAAAUAUAAAGGAUGCGAGUCUCUUGCGAUUUCUUGUUGAUAUGCGAGGAGCUGAUGUUGAUGGCCGUCAGCUAAGAGAUGACCUGAUGACAAUGCUCAUUGCUGGCCAUGAAACAACAGCUGCUGUUCUUACUUGGGCUGUGUUUCUUCUUGUGCAGAAUCCGUCCAAAAUGAGAAAAGCUCAAGCAGAGAUUGAUACGGUGCUAGGUCAGGGAAAGCCAACAUUUGAACUGCUUAAGAAAUUAGUGUACAUAAGACUUAUUGUUGUAGAGGCUCUUCGUUUGUAUCCUCAGCCCCCAUUGCUAAUUAGGCGUGCACUCAAAUCAGAUGUCUUGCCAGGAGGAUACAAGGGGAGUAAAGAUGGUUAUGCAAUUCCAAAAGGAACUGAUAUCUUUAUUUCUGUUUAUAAUCUACACAGAUCUCCAUAUUUUUGGGAUUUACCCAAUGAAUUUGAACCAGAAAGGUUUUUAGUGCAAAGAAAGAGUGAAGAAAUUGAAGGAUGGACUGGUUUUGAUCCAUCUCGGAGCCCAGGAGCAUUAUAUCCAAAUGAGAUUAUAGCCGAUUUUGCCUUCUUACCCUUUGGUGGAGGGCCCAGGAAAUGUGUUGGAGACCAAUUUGCACUCAUGGAGUCAACAGUUGCGCUGGCUAUGUUAUUGCAGAAGUUUGAUGUGGAGUUGAAAGGCUCUCCAGAAUCUGUGGAAUUGGUCACCGGUGCAACAAUUCAUACCAAGAAUGGAUUGUGGUGUAAAUUAAGGAAGAGAUGACUUGCAUCUUCAUAUUCGGAUUGUUGGAGGCCUUAGGAUUAAGCAGCUGAUAAACAGUGAGGUUUGGCAAUGAAGGUUGAGGUGCAAUUUUCUGUGACAAGCCUACAGUACAUACUAAAUAGAUAAGCAGCCAGGUAUCAAAAACUAGUUAUUACAAGUAAACCAUGUUCUGAAAGAUUUGUAUUGAACACAUUUUUAGCAAAGCUAUUACAAAUAAAAAAGAAAACAUUUCAAUAGCAAGGAUAAUAUCCUUUUGCUACAGUUCCAA